AUGGCUGCUGCAUCAUCCGCUCCUCACCAAAUGCAAGUUCGUGUGACUUUCUAUACAAGUCACAAUCCGCAAUCGGUUCUCAUGAUUUUGAAGAACGAUCAGGCUCUUCAACAGAUCUCCGAGAAGGCAAGAGAACUGUUCCCAUCGGCUGAUUAUCGUCUCUACUACGGUGAUGUCAACGGACCAAUCUUUGAGUUCACCAAUUCGGAUCAGAUUAUGUCUAAGAUUCGAAUCACUACAUUCUCUCGAACUCCUCAACUUUUUGUUCGCCUGGAAACUGUUCCCCUUCGUCCAACAGCCCUACCAUCAGUGAGCACUGAAACUGCCAAAAAAGCUUCCGAUGCUGAUCGUGAAUCAAAGAGCAGAUCCUCGCUGAAGCGUAUCGAGAACAACCAGGAGCUCACAUUGAAGACGCUGGAGAAGUUGCAAAAGGAGCUCUCAAGAGUUAGCGCUUUGGAGACGAUGGUUGCUGAUCUUCAUGCAAAGGAAAGAGAACCUGUUGUCGAGGAAGUUCAGAAGCCAUUCCCUCCAGUGAAGCACUCGGCGUCUUGUGAUGCUUGCCUCGGUGACAUCAUCGGACAUAGGUUCAAGUGUCUCGAAUGUGCCGAUUAUGAUUUGUGCGAGAAGUGUGAGAGAAAAUCUUUACAUUAUGAGCAUGCAAUGAUCAGAAUUGUGGAGCCAAAGAAAACAAUGAUCCCAUCAUAUGUGACAUCAAACUCUCCGAACAAUGUCUUCCCAACUUACAUGCAGCACAAGAUCCAACAACCACAAACUAUCAAGGGGAUCAACAAGACUGUUAUCACGAGACUCGUUCCUUCACAUCAAGUUAAUCCAGCUCCAAUGCCUCAAGCUCCACCAGUCUCCACUCCAGUUCCAUUCCCUCCAUCUCCAACCAUCGGAAAUGGAGCAGUUCCAAAACCAGCCCAGGAGCCUCGGAUCCCACCAUCUCCAACUUCUGCUCUACCACCACCACAAUUCUUCAAUGAGGAGACCCGUGCAGCCAUUAUUAAUAGUGCAGCGUUGCUCAAGGAAACUUUCAGUACUUUGAGCAGAAGCUUCUUGGAUUUGGCAGAUGGUGCACAGGCCAAUAUGGAUAAAAAGAUCAUUGAACGCUCGACCAUGGAAGCAGGAAUGACCAAAUUCGAAGAGAAAAUGGAUAAUUUGAAAAGACACUGUGAGGAGAAAUAUCUUGGAACGGAAACUGCUGAAGCUGAGAAGAGCGAGGAAUCUUCGAAGAAGCAAGCAGAUAGCUUGUCUGGACCAAAGAUCAAGAAGGCUAAGAAGAAGUCCUGCUACAAGAAAUCUGCCGAGAGACUAUUCACAAUGCAACUUGCUGCGGCGGCUGCUGAGCAAGCCCGUCUUGAACAAGAAGCCAAGAAAAGAGCUGAAGCCAGCUCUGCUGAAUUACAGAGGAAACUUGCUGAGCUUAAUGUGAAGGAAUCUCAAUCAAAAUCCGAGGAAAACAUUGCUGACUUUGUCCUAUACGAUCUUUACGGAAACUCCUUGGAAGCUUUGUUGAGAGGUCGUUCGAGCUCUAGAAUCGCCGAUCCUCCGACCACUCCAAAUACCGAACCAGCCACCACAGAGUUAGCUUCAACGACCUCUGCAACUCCAGCCGUCACUGCUCCAGCAUCAAUUGUUCCAGUUACUCCAACUGCACCAAUUGUUGAAACUCUGAUCGUUCCACCACUUCCACCAGUGGAAUCAAAUCCAGAAGAGGUUACACCAAUGGUGACUGCACCAAUCUCAAUUCACUCUUCUUUCGAGAACAUUUCUUCGGAUUUCGAGAGCCUCAGUCCAUCAUGGGGAGGAUACCCAGAUUUGGAAGCUGCACAACGUCUAGAAGUCAUCGAUGAUAACUUACUCGACUUCUCUGAUGUUGCUGUUGAAGCCCAGGAAGCUCAAGAAGCUCAAGAAGAAGCUCGCCCAGAGCCAGAGCAAUCUCUACCACCAUUUAAUGAGGAAACUGAAAAGACAUUCGAUCGUCUCCUUGAGAUGGGAUUCUCCUACAACGUCACUGUUGCUGCAAUCAGAGCAAAUGGAUCGAAUCUCGAGAUGUGUCUUCAGGCGCUUCUUCACUAAUUUGUACAUCCUGUAUCGUGUCGCCCAACCAACUCUCUCCUAGAUACUAUUAGUCAUUUUCAUCAUUCCAAUGGAAAGCUGUAUCUAUUUUUUCUCGUCUUGAACCUGAAAAUGUUGCUUUUGCGUAAAUUGCUUUUUUAAUAAUCUGAAAUUAAUAAAGUUGUGGCGAAA